AAGAGAGUCAGGAACGCUGCGAUCCACUGACUAAGCGGCUAAGAACAAGCCCCGUCGGCAGAAAGCUCAGAUCGGAGAGUAGUAAGAGCAAAAACACCGAGGAAGCUGCAGCGGAUCGGACUAGAGGAUCGGUGGUGGAAGCAGAGGGAGAGGACGAGGAGGAAGACGACGACGAGGACGACGUUGAGGAGGAAGCGGGGGCGGAAAAACACGACGGGGCUGAACGAGAGGUCGGUAAACUUGAAGAGGACGAGGAGAGUCAGUCCAGGGAGAGGGAUAGAGAACCCGAGCCACCACCUCCGGACAAAGUCGAUCCCGGAGGCGAUCCGGCUUCCAAGGAGGAGCAACAACCAGAUAACAAAUCAGAAUCAAGAAAGGGCGCUCGCGCGACCGAUUGGGACGCAGAUAAGGUCGGCGAGAAUAAGGAACAACAACGACAGCAACAGCAACAGCAACAGCAACAGCAACAGCCACCGCAGUUACUCGUGAAUGGAUUGCAUGUCGAUUCGCCGCUGGUCAGCGAUAAGACGAAUGCCAUCCGCGAGGGCAGUCCGUCUGUGCUGAAGUCGACUCGAUCAAAGACAAAAGGUUUUGCGGAAGAAAUCAGAGAGGACGUAGCGGCGGCGGCGGCGGCGGCAGAGGACGAUCGCGACGAAAACGCCAGUGAAGAAGAGGUAAGCUCGCAGCGAUCACGACGCACAGAGCUGACUACCACCGAGUUAGGCACGGAGGAUAGCGUGGGUAGCGUCGGCGGCGUUAGGGCGGCCAGCGUCGAAUCGGUCGUCGAGCUGCUGGAGUCGAGCAGUCAGGACUCAGGCUCCGUGCUGGAGAGGCUGAGUCCGUUUAGUAGCAGCGGCGGCGGCGGCCCCGGCAGGCAGAGCAGCCUGCUCCUGGAACAGCAGCGGGAGCAGGAGCGCAAUCGGCACAACGAGAGCCCGAUCAUCCUUGCCGAGAGACUGAACAAGCCGCCACCGCCGAUCGCCGGUCAUCAUCAUCAUCCUCAUAUACAAUCUUACCAUCAGCCACCAUCGCAUCAUCAGCAACAACAGUUCCAUCAUCAUCAUCAACAGCAUCACCAGCAGCGUUAUUCUGCCAAUAGUCCGGUGAUCCAUCACCAUCACCAGCAGCAACAGCAACAGCAGCAGCAGCAACAGCAGCAGCAGCAGCAACAACAGCCGCCGUCGCAACAUCAUCAUUAUCAGUUAGCGAGCAGCCCGCACCAACAUCAUCACCAUUCCACCGCUCGCCUGACCCCGUCGAGCCUCCUCGAGGUGCAACAGCAGUCUCACACAUCGAGGGGUGGCGAUGAGGCCGGCCUCAUGGAAGUGGAGGCCGGGGCCGGUAUACCUGGAACGGGCGUACUCGUCGGUGUGCCUACGGCGGUCGGUGGAAUACGGUCGUCGGGAGGCAGCAGCGGCGCCGCCGGUGUCGCUACUUACGGCGACAGCGGCUCCGACAGCGGGGUAAGCUCGUUGAAGAGCGCCAGUUCUGGCGACGAGAGGAGCGGCAGCAGGAGCUCGGCGCUUAGCGUCGAGGAGACAACAUCCUCGCACGUGCAGAGCGUGCAGCACACGUCCCUAUUGAUGGCGCAUCCGUCCCAGGGUGCGCCCAACGCCGGCGCUAGUACCGCAGCCACGGCGCCGCCGGUCGGCUACCACAGUCCAGCUCCUCCGAGUCACCAUGCUGCCGAGAUGCUCUGGAGGCAGUCCAGGACCGCCUACCCGCCGCUCUCCCACACACUCUUAGGCCCACAACCAUCCAGUCCGGAGGAGCUGCUUGAAAGAGAGCGCCACGAAAGAAUGCUGCGGGAACGUCGUGAAGUGGAAGCACGUGAGAUGGAGAAGGUCAAGAUGGAACGGGAAAGGCUUGAGAAACAGAGAGCCGAACAGGCGGUUCAUAAGCAUUUUGAAGAAUCAUUUAGGUUGGCACAAAAGGUAUCUUAUGUCCCGCAGAGGAACAUGCAGUCGGCCUCGAUGGCUGGAUGGAGCGCUUUCAUGCAGGUACCGCCGCCGAGGACGCACGGGGCGUUGACGGCUCAUCCUCCCGCCAGCCACCACGGUCAUCCCAGCGGUCCACCGGGCGGAUCCGCCACAGCCACCGCCGCCGCCGCGCAUCCCGCCGCCGUCGCGCAGCAGCAGCAACGUGAGGAACGGGAGGCGCGGGAACGCGAGCGGGAGCGGGAGCGGGACUUCCGCGAGCGGGAGCAACGGGAACACCUGGCGGUGGCUGAAAGGCAUCAACGGCAGGCCGAAGCCAGGGAUCACGCCGCGCAGCAAAGGGCUGCCUACUACGCGGCGGCCGCCGCGGCACCGUCGGUUCAACAGGUUCGACCUUUGAACGUAUCCGGAAAAGUAGAGUACCCGCCACCACCGGCGCACUCGCGGACGUCAAAGUCGUCGUUGCAGGUUGCCGGCCUGCACGAGAAACCGUCGGUGGUUUCGCACAGCUCGUUACCGAAAGCCGAACCGAACGUAAACUUGUUCAACUACUCGUCGACGUAUCAGCCACAGCCAUCUUGCACGUCAUAUCUGCAUGAUCUCAAGUUAAAGAACGAGAUAGGACCGCACAAGUCGCUAUCGAGCAAGAGCGGAUUGGCCGGCGGCCUCGAAAGGGACCAUCAUGGCAGAGAGGUACUACAGAACCCGCCAUCCUUACUGCCGGAUUACAAGAGUUCGGUGAUUGUGAAAAAUGAGGGUAGGGAGCUACCGAAGACACCGGCACCGCAACACUCGUCCAGUCCGAAGAUAAUGCCUUACAUGAACGUCCAAUCGGUGGCGCCGCAGCACAAGUCGUCAGCGUACGAAUACAGAAGCCCAACGCAAAGCCCACAUCACCUGCAUCCCGCGCAUCUGGACGGUCUGCAGACGAAGAGCAUCGCGACGUCCGCGAGUCAUCAUCGAGGCGGUGGUAGCGCGCCGACGACGACGACGCAACUGCCGAGUCCGCACGGUCAUCCGCCACCACCGCCGUCGGCGCAGCCCGAGCCGCGCCUGCACUCGCACAAUCCCCGUCAAUCCCCGCACGCCCCACCACAGCAUCCGCACCAACCACCAGCGCCGCCGCAUCCAUCGCCGCCUGAACCGCGCUAUCUCAGCAGGCCGGAAUCUGCGGGUCUGCCGUACGGCGCGGCAAAAUCUACGUAUCCGUACCCGCAUCCGCAUCCGCCCACGGCCUCGUCGACGACGUCGUCGCAUUACGCCGCGCCGCCGCCGGCCGGCUCCAAGCCGAAAGUCAGCAGCCCGGCGCCGCCGCACAUGUACGGCAAGCCUAACUGCGGUAUUACUAAUUGCGGCAUUAUAGCCGGCACGCCGGUCUGCCGUGCCUCCGAAACGCCUGUCGCCGCGCCGAUACCGCUGACCUCGAAGGCCGGCAGCUCGCCUUACCAGCAAGUGCCUCAUCAUCACGGGGCGCCGCCGCCACCGUUGCCGCCACCUGCGCACAGCCGGUCCGUCUACGACAGUCGCUUCCCCGGUUCAUUGCCGGGCGCGAAACUGCCGCCACCGACCUUGCAUGGUUCGCCGCCCACGGCUGCCUCGGCGCCGCUCUCAAGGCCAAUCGCUCAUUCCGCGCAUCUCAAUACCAGCCCGCAUCAGCAACCCGGUCAAACGUUGCAGCACGCGCAGCCCCAGAUCACCACGGCCUUCCAGACGCAACCGCUCGAUCUCGGUGUCGAGAGGUCGGGCUCACCGAAGAGGAAAGCACCGACGCCGUUAUUAUGCGACAAUACCAGCGGCCAGCCGGUGUCGUUGGAAGUUUGUAAGAAGCGAAGGACCGAGGAACCACAACCAUUAUCCUUACAAUCCGUUGGUCCACCUGUUCUUUCCAGGGUGAGCGAGCCCAGCCCGCUUAUCGCUUCAGCCGCUACGUCUAUCACUACAGUUGUCAACACUGCAGCAUUGCUGGCGCAGCCAAACAAUCAGGUAACGCAAGAGCAGCGCACAGUGACAGCGGUGAGUCCGGCUCCGGGUAACGCUAGCGGUGACGGUUCCGUACGACCCGCUAGCACCGGCAGCGUAUGCUCGCUAAAUCCAACAUCAGUGAGCGCGGCACCAAGUCCGGCGCCCAUCCCUAGCCCGGCACCGUCCACAGCACCUAGCCCAGCGCCCAGUGCGCCAGGCACGCCCGCCAAGACAAACCCCAGCAACACGGACAGCGAGAAGUGUAACAGUCCGGCACCGAGACCUCCUAGCAGCACCAAUUAUCCAGUACAUAAACUGAAAAAGGCAUGGUUGCAAAGACACUCGAGGUGCGAAGACGGCACCGAGAACACUAUCAGUAUGGCCGGCAGCAUUACGUUACCUCUCAACAUCUCUCGUGAGACAACGUCCUCGAAUAGUAAGAACCGCGACAAUGCGCCGACUACUUGUUUGCCUAGCGCGGUUAAUUCGAUCCACAAUAUCGGUAGCAUGGCAGUAAACAGCAUCAACAAAAGCAAAGUUACUGGCAGGAGUGGCCGAAAGCCGGCGAACAAAGAGUCAUUGAACGGUCACGCCACUGAUACCAGCAAGACCCCACAAGAGGACUCGUCUAGCAGCGACCCGGAGAGGAAGUCGCCGCCUAAACGGAAGCCACCCAAGGUAAAACGAAAGAAGGGCGCCGCACGGAGGCAACAAACGGCCGCGGAAGAUCAGCGGAGACGGAAGGAGGACAAGCAAGGCGGCGGUGCGGGCAGCGAGUCCAGCAAUGAGAGCGAAGCAGGCUCCAGCGACACUAGCGAACAGUUGAGCUCUAUUCAGCCUGCGUCGAGGGUUCGACACACCACGGCCAAUUCCAACAAUUCCUCGGGAAACGGAAAUAACAAGGAACCUAGGAAACGUGGUAGGAGACCAAAGAGUACGAAAAACAAUGACAUGGGAGGCGAGGAUCAACAACCUCGUCAGAAGAAGGAACGCAGGGACGACAGUACGAGCGGCGGUAACAAUGGUCCAGGCGGAAGCGGUGGACAGUCCUUUCGUAAACCGACGAUAUCGCAACUGAAAAAAUCCGGUGAGAGCUGGCUGCAAGACGGCGCCUGUUUCGAGGUAGCUACGAAAUUGGCCAAGUGCCGCGAGUGCCGAUGGACGCCGAACCAGCGCUCCAAGAACUCUCAGAAUAUCUUCUGCAGAUUCUACGCAUUUCGCAGACUGCGUUAUACCAAAAACGGACAAUUGGCCAUAGCGGGAUUCAGUGACCCACAUAAAGAUGCGUCCGAGGAUGAUCUUCGAUUAUGGUUACCAGGAGGAGAUAACCAAAAGGCAACAGGAAAGAAUGACAAAUCCGAGAAGAACGAGAAGGACAAAGGAGAUCGAGAGGACCUAGACUUAGAAACGGCUCAUCGGCUGCUUUGGCAAGUUGGCGAUCAAUUCUGUGAUCUUUUACAUCAAGAGAAGAACGCCCUCCAAGAACAUAUGGCUGAAGCGAGUUCGGGGGUUGUAGACGGAACAGUAGCGUGGAAACGAGUAAUCCUGGGUGUUCGAGAAAUGUGCGACGUGUGCGAGACUACCUUGUUCAAUGUCCAUUGGGCCUGUGGCAAAUGCGGUUUUGUCGUGUGCAUUGAUUGUUAUAAGGGACGUAAAAAUGGAACGGUCAAAAUCUGGGGCGAGAGUGGAAAAGACAGGGACGACUUUUCGUGGCUUCUAUGCACGAAUAGGCAAGUGCACGAACCAGAACGACUCAUGCUUACACAAAUCAUCGCCGGCGACAGUCUUCUGCGACUGGGUCAACGUCUACACGAAUGUCGUGCAGAAUGGGGAAUUCCGCAACAUUGUGCUUGCUCCCUUGUAACUCCAACGCAACCAAACGAGAUCCUUCGAAAUCUGAUUAAAGGUGAUUCUGUGCCUGUAUUAAAUGGAAACGUAAAGCAGGAGAUAAAAGAAGAGAAGAAAAUAAAUGAAUCUAACGGUGCAUCGGAGAGCAAAACCAACGGCGAAGACAAAAACUCACCGCUGAACUGGUUAGCCGAUGUAGCACUGCAGAAUCAAGACAAAAACGAUAGCGGCUCAGACUCUGACUCGGACGAUGAUCGCGAGGGUAAUUACUCGACAUUGCGGGAGUUGCUCAUAAGGCCAUCGCACAAGUCAAAUGGGAGCGGCGGAUCCAGAUCGAAUUCACCUACGAAUAAUUCGAGUGGUGUGAAUAACACUCCGCAGAAUAAUGUCGCCAAGUCUGGCAAAAAGUCGAAAAUGGAUACGCUUGAUGAAGUAAUAUCCAGUGUGAUCGAACACAGUGUGAAAAAGGAAAAGGACAGUGGUCUCGAUGACGAAAAGCCACGAGAAUUGAAACAUUUCGUACGACGUUACAAGUGGACACAGCGUGGUCGUGAACCGUUACCAAUCAGAAUUAUGACGGGUACAGAGAGCCGGAGUCUUUAUCCAGACGUACCACACUCUUGGCUCUGCGACGGCAAGUUGCUGAGGUUAAGCGAUCCGAAUAAUCCAAACAACUACAGAAUAUUUCAGGAUCAAUGGAAGCGAGGACAGCCGGUAAUUGUGUCUGACGUCGCCAAGGCGCUGGACAUGAAGCUCUGGCAUCCUGAUUCAUUCGCCCGCGACUUCGGCGAUGAGAAGAACGAUCUCGUUAACUGUAUGACCGGCAAUCUAGUGCCGAAUCAACCAAUGCGCAAGUUCUGGGAAGGAUUUGAGUAUUAUUCUAAGCGGCUUAAAGACGAACGAGGAAAUCCUAUGCUAUUGAAAUUGAAGGACUGGCCACCCGGUGAUGAUUUCGCCGAAUUAUUACCAUCGAGAUUCACGGAUCUGAUGAAGGUUCUUCCAUUGUCCGAGUACACGCAUAGAAACGGCAGGCUAAAUUUGGCGAGUCGUCUACCUAAUUGCUUCGUGAGACCGGAUCUGGGUCCAAAGAUGUAUAACGCUUACGGUUCCGCUCUUCAUUCCAACAAAGGCACGACUAAUCUUCAUCUUGAUAUCUCGGACGCCGUAAACGUUAUGGUAUAUGUAGGAAUGCCAAAGGAUGUUAAUGACGAAGAAAGUCUCAAAGCUAGGACAGAGGCAUUGAGAGCAAUAGACGAAGCAGGCUGUGAUAUUCUGACGCGUCGACGUGCUCGCGAAGAGAAGGAGAAUGUGCCUGGUGCUUUGUGGCACAUUUACGCAGCGCGUGACGCAGACAAAAUUCGAGAUCUUCUGAAUGCCGUUGCCUUAGAACGCGGAGCUCGUUUGGAACCUCACCACGAUCCUAUACACGAUCAAAGUUGUUAUUUAGAUGGGCCAUUGCGGGAGCGAUUAUAUCGAGAAUAUGGUGUUGAAGGGUACGCUAUCGUCCAAUGUCUAGGCGAUGCAGUAUUUGUGCCAGCUGGUGCGCCACAUCAAGUCCGUAAUCUUCAAAAUUGUAUAAAGGUGGCCGAAGACUUUGUGUCGCCGGAGAAUGUGUCGCAUUGCUUCCACCUGACCCAGGAAUUCCGUGCACUAUCCGAUACCCAUACGAAUCACGAGGAUAAACUUCAAAUCAAGAAUAUUAUUUACCAUGCCGUGAAAGACUCUCUGACCGUUUUAGCCAAUGUUAAGGAGGAUACUCUCGCUAAACUCGCCAAGGCUAAUGAAACGAAAACAAAGGAGGAGACUUAGCCUUAGGUCUUCCCUGUAUGGUCAUAAGACCGAUUGAUAAUCCCCUUGAUUGGAUCUCGUCGUUCGUAUGAGAUUGAUCGCAGUCAGCGCUUCCGGACAUAGCGAAGUUGGCACUCCCGGAACAAUCUGCAGAAGAAGACCGCCCUUGUUGCAAAAACAUCGUUGCGGAGAUGCGAUUUGUUGUGAUAUUUGUGAAGAUUUAAUGAUUUUAAUCGGAGGAUUUGAUUUGCGAUAUUGGCUGAGCCAAUGAACAUUAGUUAUAUAUUGUUUCAUUCAAAUUCUCUUAUAUACAAUUCUUUUCUGCUCUCCCAUUUUCCGCGAGAAAACGUGCCCGCGGACAUGAAGUCCGAUGAGCUGCUCUUACGAGUGAAAACAAAAUCUGUAGCUCGGAUCGCGCAUAG